CGCACCGCUACCGCUUAUUCGAGUCUGAUGUGUGCUCAGACACACACACGCUGUGUUGUGAUACCUACACACUGUUAACGAUAAUUUGUAAACAAAAAUAGUGUGUGAAAAGAAGUAAAGCAUUAAUGAAAAAUGGCGCAAGAAAAUAAAGGAUUCGAGUUUUCUCCGGAGUCUCAACCUACAGAAGAAGCACCUCCACCAUUUGAUACCAUACGAAAUGAUAUUUCAUCAUCAGCCAUAUCAAAAGGCCCUGUCGUACCUCCAUUCACUAAACCUGAUAAAGGAAAUGAAGAGACCGACCUUGAAGAUGAGCAACCGGAGAGAGCUAUGUGGAGUAACCAAAUGGAGUUCCUUAUGUCGUGUAUCGCUACAUCUGUCGGGCUUGGUAACGUGUGGCGAUUUCCCUUUGCUGCUUACGAAAACGGAGGCGGCGCCUUCCUUAUACCUUACAUUAUUGUACUAUUUCUCGUCGGAAAACCUAUGUACUACCUCGAAGGUGUAUUAGGGCAGUUCAGUUCAAGAAACUCUAUUAAGAUUUGGUCUUUAUCUCCUGCAAUGAAAGGUACCGGGUACGCACAAGCAGCGGUGUGCGGUUUUAUCCUCUCAUACUACGUGUCUAUCGUGGCUCUCUGCGUCUUUUAUUUGGCUAUGAGCUUCCAGGCUACCCUGCCAUGGAGCUAUUGUCGCGAGGGGUGGGAAAACUGCGUACCCUCAGCGCCAACUGAAAAUGUCGUCAUCACUAAUGAGUCUGCUAGCAGUGCGGAGCUUUACUUUAAAAAUAUUGUGCUUCGGCAAAGCGACGGGAUUGAAGGUGGUCUCGGUCUUCCAAUUUGGUACCUGACGCUGUGCCUGUUCGUCUCCUGGGUGAUAAUUUUUCUGAUUGUCUCUCGCGGUGUAAAAAGUUCUGGCAAAGCUGCUUACUUCCUAGCGAUUUUCCCUUACGUGGUUAUGAUUAUUUUGCUCAUUACCACGUGUACCUUGCCUGGAGCUGGUACUGGUAUCUUAUUUUUCCUGACGCCGCAGUGGGAAAAACUCCUUGAACUUGAUGUCUGGUACGCAGCGGUAACACAAGUAUUUUUCUCUUUGUCUGUGUGCACGGGAGCUAUCAUUAUGUUUUCAUCGUACAACGCAUUCAGAGCCAAUGUCUACAGAGACGCCAUGAUAGUCACUACACUGGAUACAUGCACAAGUCUCCUGUCCGGUAUCACGAUAUUCGGUAUACUGGGCAAUCUGGCGUACAAUCUUGAUCAAGAUGUAGACAGAGUGAUAGUAGGUGGCGGCUCGGGAGUCGCUUUUAUUUCUUACCCUGACGCUAUUGCUAAAACGUUCCAGCCACAACUGCUCUCAGUGCUCUUCUUUCUGAUGAUGGCGGUGCUAGGAAUAGGCUCCUCGGUGGCUUUACUAUCUACUAUCAACACUGUUUUGAUGGACUCUUUCCCGCGCGUGCGCACCGCCUACAUGUCCGGUUUCUGCUGCACAGUUGGCUUCGGUGUUGGACUUAUUUACGUUACUCCGGGCGGUCAAUUCAUCUUGGAGCUGGUGGAUCACUAUGGAGGCACCUUCUUGGUUCUCUUCUGUGCUAUUUCUGAAAUCGUUGGCGUCUUCUAUAUUUACGGAUUGGAAAACCUGACUCUUGAUAUCGAAUUCAUGUUAAACAUCAAGACAUCGGUAUUUUGGAGGUUCUGUUGGGGCAUUAUAACACCCCUGAUAAUGGGCGUGGUCUUCGUAUAUGCGCUCGUAUCUUUCGAGUCUGUCACAUACGGGGAAUACACUUAUCCUGUCGCUGCAAUCGUGGCUGGAUAUAUAAUGUUGUUCUCUGGAAUAGCACUUGUACCCCUUUUCAUCUUCAUAACAUUGUUCAAGUACCGAACCGGCAAAUUCGUGGAGACUGUGAAACGUGCUUUCAAGCCCAAGAGCAGUUGGGGUCCCAAGACGCAAUCAACCCGCAGAGAAUGGAUAGCAUUCAAGGAAGUAGCCAAAGAACAACGUCACAUGAAAACCAACUCUAAACUUCUGCACAUAUGGUACAGUCUUACCGGCUCAUAUAGAAAAGGACUUUAAAGAAAUUCUAAGGUUGUAAUAUACUGUGUAAAUGUAAACUCCGACAAAAAUAAUAUUUUAGUUCAGAUAGCAAUUCAGUAUAAAUGAUUACCGUUGCUGCAUUUUUUGUCUUUUAUGUACAUACGUUAUAAUGUUUUAAAAUCAAUUUAAUUGUAACGUUACAAUACAUCCCAUUUAUAUUUAUAAACCAUCGUGGUUAUCGAUUAAUUAAAAGUAUCUGUAAGGAAAACAGUGAGUUAAUUAAUUAAUUCGUAAUAACGCCGUGUCGUUUGUAGGUUGACAAAUUAAGCGUAUGUAGGUUUGUAAAGUAAACAUAAGUGGUUUCAUACAUCACAGUUGAACGAUUUUUAAAAAUAAAUCUUACAAUGGCCAUUAGCUAUUAUGUCCAUUGUGGAUUCGACCUUUCCCUAUCAGAAACCGCGUGGUUCUGCGGUAUACUUCGCAUUACAGCGCCUGGGGUGCUAUAUGCGGAUUCAUACAUACUCAUAGAAAAUAAAACUACGACUAUGUGUUAUCCGCCUAAAGUAACUUAACUAUUCUAUUAGUUUCAAAUUCAACGUAAUUGUGAUUUUAUGAUUUAUAUUCUUUGUACAAAGUUAGGAUGUGCGCGUAUCAGUUACGUAACUGUUGCAAUAUAUUGCUAA